AUGUGUCGCCUCAUUUUUAUUCUACAGCUAUACUUUUGCAUAAAGACUGUAGCUCAAGACGGUGAUUGUCGUAUUCUGGAAUUUAAGCCGGAUUUGAAAGAUUUUUCUUUGCAAGGUUUCGUUAUCAAGAGCUUCGAGGUACAAAGAGAAAGUGACUGUAAAGCGAGGUGCUUUCAGGAACACAACUGUGUUUCUCUCAAUAUUGGUCCCUCGGGAAACAAUGGAGCUUACUUGUGUGAACUGAGUGAUUCUGAUCAUGAGAUGCACUCUGAGGCGCUCAAGCCAAGAGAUGGCUUCACCUAUCACUCGACUGAGAACGCUUGUGUGAAGAAUCCCUGCCUUCUUCAUCAGUCUUGUCAAAAUGGCUUCACGGAUAAAGGCUACCGGUGUGUAGGUAAAGGUAACAUGACUCAGCUAUUCUUAAUCCAGUAAA